UUGGCCAUUGGGUAAAGAAACAAAAUUAAAAAAUAAAUAACCCAUGUUAUGAAGAUAUUUUACGUUUAAAAACUGGAAAGUAUUGGAAACUGUUAAAUACUACCAUACCCUUCAAGAAUAUUUAAUAAUAUUCAUAUUUACAAUAAUUAAUUUGAAGGCGUCUACUCUUUUAAUCAUGCUUUUAAUUUCAGUAAUACCUGAGUCAUAAUAAUCAAACAAAUUAUUUUGACAACUUACACAAAGACUACAAAUUUACUAUGAAUACAAUCAGCAAGUAUGUGCAGUAUCUGCGACAAAUUCAUAUUUUAUCAUCAAAUAUUUUGAAGCAACAGUUUAUAAUUAAUCAAAAACAAAUUUCAACUAAUACAAAUUCAACAUUUUUAUAUUUUUCUUCAAGUUUUAAAUCAAUGAGAUACUUAUCAAAUACUACUAGUCAAUUGGGUUUAUCUAACAUAAUUCCUUCUAAUGAUAUUUUAAUAACUAGUAUAAAGAGUGCAAAACAAACAAGUGAUGUGUUACAAAUGUUAAGGCUUCAUAAUACUGCAAUGAGUGCUCCACAACAUUUACAAGCAUUAAAUUCUUUAUUUCUACUACAAAAAAGCAGAAGAACAAAACUGUCAAAUGAAGAAGUAACAAGAAGCCCAGAAUUUACAGCAAUGUGUCGCAAAAUUCAAAAUUAUUCAAGAAAUCUUGAUCUAAAUGAUGUAAUGAAUAGUGUCAAGUGCUUAUCUUAUUUGGGCGUAUCUGUUAAUAGUAACAUUAUGCAGAUGUUAUUACAGUUGAUUAGUAAAAUGAUAAAUGACAUGUCUUUACAGCAAAUCACAUUUUUACAUUUUUUGUUAAAAGAAUUAUCAUCAUGCCCUUUAGUUGAUGCCUUAAAACUUGCAUUGCCAAUAGUUUUUGAAACACAAGUACAAUACAAAUUAGAAGAUAAUUUAUACUGGCAAGUUGAAUUCCUCAACUAUAUUGCUAAACACAGGUUGUCUCAAGAAACAUAUGACUUUGUCAUGUCAAGAAUCAUAAGAAAUAUUGAUCAAAUAAGUCCUAAAAUUGUUCAAAGUUUAUUACUUUGUUUAUAUUACAAAGACUAUUCAACUGAAAAAUAUAUUGAUACAAUUAACAGAUGUUUACAAUAUUAUACAAAUCAUCUAGAUUAUAUAGCUGAAAUUUCAGAUAUUAAUGCUGUCUUAUCAAGAAUGAUAAAUAAGUAUUCUACAGAUUCUGAGUUGUUUUAUAAUGAGCAAUUUAUUAAUACAGCUGUGAAAUUUGCGAUAAAGAAGGAAGAGAGUUUUGAACCUCUAGCAUUCAUAUUGAAAAAAUUAAAUAGGAUUGGAUUUGUUCACCGUGGAUUACUUGAUUACAUGACAAAUAAACUAACAAGUCAACAUGAUAUCUUCGAGAAUGUUAAAUUUGGAGUAUUAUUAUCUUACAUUGCAGCAUGUGCUAAUGCAAAUUAUAUUCCACCAGGUUUCGAAGAGUUAAAACCACUUAUUUUGACAAGACUUAACAUGCAAAAGGAUGUUUUAGAAUUACCAUGGUUGGUAGUGACAUUUGACUUGGCUGUUUUAGGCUGUUGGUCAGAAGAACUUUUAGAAAGAGUAUUUUCUAGAGAUUUUCUUUAUGGAUUCUUAAAACGAAGUGAUAAUAUACAUGAUCAUAUUAUGUUGCUUAAACUGUACCAAGCUUCAAAGACUUUAUAUCCUGGUGGUUAUAAUGGAUCAUUGCCACCUCAGGAAAUUAUUGAAAAAGCUAUUGAUAUUUAUCAACAUAAUAUCAAUGACUUUCCACUAAAAGCUGCCUUAGAACAUGGUUUGGGUGGAAGUGAUUAUGUGUUAACAGGGGUCCGAAGCCAAUUGGGACAUUUUAUUGAUCAUUUAGUAGUCAUGAGACCUGGUGGAUACCCUGUUGCCAUUAAAAAUGAAAUCAAAGAUAGUAAAUCAUUGUUGUUGGAAAACAUUGUUGAUUCUAGUGAUAAUCUUGCAAUUGGUAUAUUACUUUACAAACCAAAUAGCUAUGCCAUCAAUUUAAAUUGCUUAAGAGGUCCAUACAUGCUUACAAACAAAACAAUUGAAGCUUUGGGUAUAGGAGUUUUACCAAUAUCAAUGGAUGUUUGGGAUGGUCUUAUUGAUUAUGAAAAGAUACCUUACAUUAUGAGAGAGUUAAAAUCAAAGGCUGAUCUUAAUUUAAUUGCAGAGUAGUGUUAUGCUAUGCAUAUUUUUUUAUAUGUACAUGUAUAAUUAUACAAUUAACACUUCAUUCAUUAAACUGCAGUUUAGUUAAAA